GUUAUGACUCAGGUUACCUCUCAGGUUACCUCUCAGGCUACCUCUCAGGUUACCUCUCAGGUUACCUCUCAGGUUACCUCUCAGGUUACGUCUCAGGCUACCUCUCAGGUUACGUCUCAGGCUACCUCUCAGGCUACCUCUCAGGUUACGUCUCAGGUUACCUCUCAGGCUACCUCUCAGGUUACCUCUCAGGUUACGUCUCAGGUUACCUCUCAGGUUACCUCUCAGGUUACGUCUCAGGUUACCUCUCAGGCUACCUCUCAGGUUACCUCUCAGGCUACCUCUCAGGUUACCUCUCAGGCUACCUCUCAGGUUACCUCUCAGGCUACCUCUCAGGGACCCACUAG